CCAGUAGGCUCAGCGGCAGGAAGCGGAAGUGACGCAUUCCCGGAAAAAAGGGGCGGGCUUCUGGUGAGGCUCUUAGUGCUGACGUCCUUUUCCGUUCUGUUGGCAGCAAGAGGAAGAAGAUGAAGCUGCUUUUCCUUGCCCUUUGGGCCGUCUUUGCUGCCGUCCGCGCGGAGGAAGGUGCCCGGCUCCUGGCCUCCAAAUCUCUGCUCAACCGAUACGCCGUCGAAGGGCGGGAUCUGACCCUGCAGUACAAUAUCUACAAUGUUGGCUCAAGCGCUGCCUUAGAAGUGGAGCUGUCGGAUGACUCCUUCCCGCCGGAGGAUUUCGGCAUCGUCUCCGGGAUGCUCAACGUGAAGUGGGAUCGGAUCGCGCCGGCCAGCAACGUCUCCCACACGGUGGUCCUGCGGCCCCUGAAGGCCGGCUACUUCAACUUCACCUCGGCCACCAUCACUUACCUGGCCCAAGAAGGAGGACAGGUGGUGGUUGGCUUCACCAGCGCUCCAGGACAAGGAGGCAUCCUGGCACAGCGGGAAUUUGACCGGAGGUUUUCGCCCCACUUUCUGGACUGGGCAGCCUUUGGCGUCAUGACCCUCCCGUCCAUCGGGAUCCCUUUGCUGCUUUGGUAUUCCAGCAAAAGGAAGUACGACACCCCCAAAACCAAGAAGAACUGAUCGGUCCCCCAAGAAAUAUUCUCCGUUUCCCGCCGACCCUUCAAAGGUCCGCUUGACCAGCUGUCGUUGUCCAUAUCGAGCCAUUUUGACCGGCAAGGCUUCCAUCCCUGGCCAUCGAAACAUCACCAAUAACCAGAUGGAUUUUGGGGCGAAAAUUAAGCCCCCCACUUCAGAGCGCUAACACGGGAAUGGUUUGAAUUCUCUGUCCGAGAGAUCUUCCUUGACCCACGUUUGCUGUGGGUUGUUGAUUUUUUUAAAAAAUACAUAAAAGUAAACACAGAACCACAA